AUGGAAGACCCUUUUAGUAUUAAUGAAAAUGAUUUAUUGGAUUUUUACGAUUUAAAAACUUUAAAUCCAAUUGAUUCAUGGAAUGAUGAUUCAACAAAAUUAAUUGACUUGAGUAAAUGGCAAACUCAAAUUCCAAUGUCGGAUAAUUCAUACGAAAUACUAAAGGAUUUAUUGACCCAACAACAAACUUGGAAAGAUGAACAUUUAAAAUUAAUCAAUAAGGAUUUAAUAUUAGAUCCACUAAAUAAUGAAAAAAUUGUUCCAAUUUUAAAUUCUUUAAGCGUAUCACAAGAUCUUCAACCACAAUUUUUAAUUAAUAAUAAGAAAUUCAAUGUUAUAAAUUUUUUGAAAACUAUUCAUAAUAAAGAUUCUUUCGAUGAUUUGUCAAGUUCUUUAGAUUAUUUAGAUAUGACUUUACAAAAUCAAUCUGACGAAUUAAAGAUUUUAGUACAAGAUAAUUUUACAAAAUAUGUUAAAGUUAAAAAUAGAUUGGACCAAAUUUACGAAAACUUUGCAAGUUCAAGCUCAACUUCAAAUUCAAAUAAAAAUAAUGAUUUUAAUAAUAGAAUUAAUAUUGAACAUUUAAGUGAAAAAAUUGAUGAUCAAGUAAAAUUUACCAACUUGAAAUUAAAACCAUUAUUAGAUCGUUCAACAAAAAUUUCAAAUUAUCAAUUAACCAAAACUUUUAUUGAAGAAAAUAAAGAAUUUAUAAAUUCAACAAAAAUUUUAAGAAACUAUUUGCAUAAGAAGGAUUAUAAAAAUUUAAUGAUAGAAUAUUCCAAGAUAUUAAAUAAUUACAAUGAAAUUUGUUUAUUAUAUAAAAAUAAUGAUAUUGAAUUACCUUUAGUAAUAUCAAAAAUUUGGGACGGUGUCUUAAAUAUAAUGGAUACUUAUCGAAAACAGAUUUGGAAUAAUUUAAUAGAUAUCGAAAAUAAUAGUCAAGACACCUUCUUACCUUUGAUUUCAAAAUUGUUAGAUCUAGAUUUGAAAGAACAAAACCCUAUUAUACAAUGGAUCUUAACUAGAUUAGAGAAUUUUGAAGAUAAAUUUAACAAUAUUUCAAAUGAAAUGAAAUCGAAAAUUAUUAAAAGUCAAAAAACAAUCCUAUCAAAUUGUAAUAUAAAUGGAACAGAAAAUGUAGAAUUAAAUCAUUACCUAUCAAUUAACAAAGCUGUCCGUUUUAGAAACGUUACUUCUGAUGGGUUCAAUGGUACAUCUUACAAUAAUAGAAUGAGUACCUUAAAUUCAAGCUCGACAAAUAAUUACACUAUCGGUGAAGAAUCUACUAAUGUAGAAGAUAGAGGUUCAAAUACGACAGCAAUUAUGUCGUUCCAAGGGUUAACUGACUCCUCGAUUAUCGUAGAAAUGUGGAUGUUAUUAUUAAGAUAUAGCAGUUUAUUAGAAGAAACUAGUAAACAAUUUGUCGAGUUCUGGGAGCAUGUUGAAAAAUUCUUAGAUGGGACAUAUCAAAAUUCUUUAUUAAAUGAUAAAAAAAAGGAAAACAUCUUAGUCGGAGAAUUAUACACGAUCGAUGAUUAUCGUAACAUUUUAGUUUUGGAAACCAAACAGGUUAAUGAUAUAAGGAAAAGAGGUCAAUCGAUAGUCGAGUUAAUUUCAAAUAAAUUAAUGACAUUAUUCCAAUCUUCUCAUUUUAACUUAUUUAAUGAUGAAGACUCGGAAAAUAUUCAAAUUACAAAAGUCGAAAAUAAUUCAAAUUCUAGUGUAACAGAUUUCGGGUUUAUACCACCAAAUGCAAACUGUCUAAGUUGUUUAAGAUAUUUACCAAGAGUCGUAGAACCAAUUUUGGUCUUCACAACCGAAAUAGCCCAAUUAGGUAUUACAUCUAGGUCAAUUGAUGUUUUAAGAGAAGUUGUAUCAGUGGUGCUGGAACGUUCAGUUAGCGCAAUUUCAGCAACAAAAUUAAGAGAUUUGGCUGAUUUUUACAAAUUAGAGGAUUGGCAAGCAUAUGAAACUGUUGCCACUAAUGUCAAUGGACAUAAAAUCGAAUAUUGCGUAACACAGUUCCCUGAAAUAAUCAGGGUCUUCCAAGAAUUAAGUAUCCAGACAAUUAGGGAUUUGUUAUUCUCUUUCGAAAAGUUACCUGUAUUAAAUGGUAUUUCAAUUAUUAAUUAUCCUUCAAAGCAAUUGUUGACAAAUAUUGAAUCGCAACAAAUUGUGUCGAUGGAAUCUGUAUUGGAAGCUAUUUUGAAAAAUGCAGCCAAGGACAAGGAUAAUCCAAGAAAUGCACAUACUACAUUAACUUUGACCAAUUUGCAAUAUAUCAGGGAGAUCACAUUCCCACAAAGUUUGCAAUAUUUUGAUGAAGCCUUUGAAUGGAAUUUGAAAGACAGAAAUCUAAGCGUUUUCAAUUUAUUAGGUAAAAUGGAACAAUCAAUCUUCGGUAAUUAUUUAAGUGAUUUAAAAAUCAAUUUAAGAGAUAUUUUAGAAGAAAAAUUCAGAGAAAUCAGUUGGGCUACAUAUUCAUCCAAUUCAUUUAGAGUUAGUGAUUAUAUUAUUGAAGGUUUGAUGGUUUUGGUUACAGUUCACAGUGAAUGUUUCAGAAUUGGGCCUCAAUUGAUCAAUAAGAUUUUAAAAGAGAGUCAAAUUUUUAUCGCAAAAUAUCUAUUUGAAUCUUUCAAGCCAUAUAUUGGUAAUGUAUCAUCUGAUGGGUUAUUGCAAAUUACAGUUGAUUUACAAUUUUUCCAAUUUGUAUUAGGUGAAUUAUUGGAAAAAGAUACAAAGAUACCGCUAACUGCAUGUUUACAAAAUUGUUUCCAAAAUAAUACAGAAAAAAUGCAAAGGUGUAUUAAAGAAAUUGAACCAAUUGUUCAAUCAAAUAUAACAAGAACAUCUAUUCAAUNUGCGGCAUUCAAGUGA